CUUUUUCAUGUAGUACAGGCCCCCUCCACUUUAUCAGCAAAAUUAUAUAUACAGUCAGAGAGAGAGAGAGAACAAAAAGAGGAGACCUUUGAUGGUACCGCCCUCGUCCUCCACUGUAUCAGCCAAAUAUUUAUAUAUACAUUAUACAUACAGGGGGCUAUAUAUGUGUGUGUGUAUAUAGGCUGAGAGAGAAAGAGAGGGAAGAUUAAAGAGAAGAGUGGGUUUUGAUUGAUUAUAUUUUCAGAUGGUGCAAUUUGCAGCUGCCAAUACUAUGGAUCUUGGGAAUUUUAGUAGUCUUAGCUGUGUCAGCUUCCACUAUAAUUCUUAUACUAAUUUUAGUUGCAGAUACUUCUUCUAUUUAUCAUCAGCAAUAUUGUCUCUGUCUUCCUUGUCUUUUGGAAGUUCUAAUUUAAUGCCAUUAAUGGUUUUUAUUAACCUCUUUAUUAUAUCUCUCUCUAAUUUAAUUCCCAAGCCUUUCUCUGAACGAGGGAAGGCUUGAUUUUUCAAUUUUCUGGAUCAUAAUUUUUUUUCUUUUUUUUUUUCCUGCUUUUCUUGCUGAAUUCUCUGCUUUUAGGGGGGGUGUAGUAGCACAAUCUGUUCCCUCUUGAGCCUAAUUUCUGCUACCGUUUUGAUAUUUUCUUGAAAAUUUUGUACUUGUAAACUCAAUUUUCAAGAAUACUCACUCUUAAAACACCCGUUUUGUUCUUUUCUCGAGAGCUUGGAAGAUUUAUUUUCUUUCUCAUUCACGAAAAUGUUGUGUCUUUCACUUCAUGGGCUGAAUUAUCAGCAGAGGUUGAUGGUUUCUGGUGGGGUGAAUGCAUCUUCAACAACUAUGCCUAAAGCUAUGGCUUCUUUGAGAUCUUGUGGCAGGUAUAAAUUUGAUGGUUUUGGUGGAAUUUGGAGUGGUUUUGACAAAGGAAAGAGGAACAUAUUGAUUGCCACAAAAACUGGGAAUGCUGCACUCAAGAAGAGGAGAUUAAGCAAUUUACCUCUGUGUUCUUCUCCUCUGGCAGAAUCACGAAAUUCGUCCAGAGCUGACUUCUAUAAGGAGGUUCUGGAAGCUGCUAGGGAAAGAUUUACUCAGGAAAUUUCUUUCCGGUCCAAGGACAAAGAUAUCUCACUUGCGAAGGCUUUACUUUUCGUUGCUGCUGAAGAUGAUGCUUUUUUGGCUUUAAAUCGGGAGAUGGACGCGCAUUCACUCCGUAAUGAAAGGAGAGAUUUGUCAUCACCAUCUGAUGCUGAAGAGUGGGAUUAUGUGGAGGCUAUGCCUCUAGCUGGAAAGAAUAUAAGUGAGUGGCUGUCCGAGUUGGAUGCCAUUGCCAAGGAAGUCGAAGCUGAGCUGGUUUCAAGAGAUAUAGGAUGUGAUUUGCUAGAAGUUUUGGAGGCAGUGAACAAAGUUCUUUUUGAGUCGAGAGGUUUCAAAAGGUCAUCCAUAUUGACAGAUUCAAAGUGUUCGUACCUGCACUUUGUAUUAAGCUCUCGAUGUGCCAGCGCAAUUUUGCUUAGCGUUAUUUAUAUUGAGGUUUGUCGAAGACUUAAUCUGACCAUUGUGGGAUCGCGAGUUGGGGAAGAUUUUUUGAUAUGGCCUCCAACCGGGAACCCUGAGGAGCUAUUUAAAGUGACUUCUGGACACAGCUUGUUUGGUCUUGUCAAUGGGAAGUGUGUGGACGAUCCCCGAUCCAAGGCCUCGGACAUAAACAGUAAUUCACUCUUAGGGCUUGACAUUGCAACAAAUCGAGACAUUAUCGGGAUUGCUUUGGCCAAUUUGAUUAGGCUUUACUGGAAACGGGCUUCAAGAAAAAAUUUCGGAUUGAUGCUGACUUCUCCCCUUAGGUCUGUUCAUAAAGUGGACGAGAAAUUUAACAAGAAUGAUGGUCCAAAUGUCCCUUUGUUACGGCCUCAAGAGCUGAGACUCGCAAUCAUGGCUUCCCAGAGAUUGUUGAUCCUGCAACCGCACAACUGGUCUUUGAGACGAGAUUAUGGAAUGAUGUUAUACUAUAGUAGAGAAUACGAGAAAGCAGUCCAAGAACUCAGCAUCUGCAUGGCCUUUGCCCCAGAAGAAGAGGCUGAAGUUCUAGAACCAUUUGUCGAGAAAUUACAUCUGAUGCGGCUUGAAUCAUCGUGGAAAUCUUUGGGACAAAAAGGUCGGCUAGCAGUUCCUUGACUUGUGUGCUAUCUGUAGAAAACCAUACUUAUCGACUUGCUUAUAUUAUAGUCUGUAUAUAACACCUAUUAUACUGGAUCUUAACCUAUAAACUUGCUUCUGUAAAUAUUUUCAUUGAACCAUGUUUCAUUUACAUGGCUCAAGAAUGAGAUCAAUACAUAUAGAAAACUAAAGCAGUAACAAAAUA